AUGGGUUGGUUUAGCAACUCCAAAAGCAGUUUCAAAUCACCGUCAGUCCCAUCUACCGACGCACCCGAUUCCACACCGCCAGCGUCUACAAUAGCCUAUGGAGUGAAUCCUCCUCAUAUAUAUCAAUACCAACCCGGCUGUAGCCCUAUUGCAAUCCAAGUCUCAAUAAAGGGGCCUGAUGCGAGCAUACCUCCGCAGUUAACCACAAUUGAUGAGGCGGUACCUUCAGCAGCGUCGGUAGAGGGCAGACCCAAUAAAGUUCACGAAAACUCAUUGAUAACACACCGCCCGUCAGAGAGGAUAGUAGAAACUGAAGACUCACGAGAGCAUAAUCCAAAUCAUACACGCCAUGCUUCGGUCCAGCUCCAGCCUAUGUCACCGGUCGAUUCGGUAACGUCAAGUGACUUCAAUCAAUAUGCACACCCUCGGCAGUCCAAAACCCCUAUAGCGGACCAGUUAUCUGUCCUACCUCCGACCCAAACAGUUAGUUCGCCGACUACCGGUAGCAUGACCAAGCCAACAUGCUCUUUGAACCUCAUGUGCUACAGAUCUGGCAGCCAGGGCUGCGUAAGACGCCAAAUCCACGUACUAAGUCAAGCCCGGUUGGCCAUAUCUCGAGACGAUUACUCCAGCAUAGUUUCCAUAAAGAAUUCAGGUGGUUUAGUUCGAACCGAUGAAGAGUUCUUCGCUGCCCUCCAUCGCGAAUACGAGCACCAUAUUUGCGGCUUCUGGCGACGAUACCUAUCGCUCAAGACGCUAAGACAGAUUCGACUCUUAUCGUAUACGCCUUCGACCCGCCCGGAAGUCGUGCCGAUGGAUGACUUCACUCUGCAAGAAAUGUUCUAUGCGUACCAACACUUCAAAAACAUAAAAACGGAAUCAGAAUGGAUUGACUGGGUGUUCCGGCUUCGCCAGGAGGAUCGCCGUCAUGCUUUAGAGUUUGUGGAGGGCUGGAGCGGCUUUCGCAUUGGCCUUGUUGGGUCAGUGCCAUGGGUCGCGGCGACUGCAGUGGGUGUUGCGUGGAUGGCAAGAGGUGGCGAUGCACAGACGGCUUUUACGGUUGCUGGUUUCAUUCUGACGGUUGGAACUUCUUUACUUGCUCUGCUUGCUAUUGUUAGCAAGAUUGAGUCUUGA